AUGCUGAUAAACCCUCCUCUAGGCGGUUCAGUGGCCCAACUCCUCCUUCAGCACCCGAGCCAAUACCGCGUGCGGGCCGUGACUCGAAAUCCUAGUUCCGGUGCUGCGAGAGCCCUGGCAGCCCAGGGAGCCGAGGUCGUCCAAGCUGACUUGACCGUCCCAUCAACCCUUCCCCAAGUCUUCGCAGGAUGCUGGGGUGUCUUUGCGGUCACUAACUUUUAUGACUCGAAUAUCAAAGACGACCCAAGCAGUGAAGAGCAACAGGGAAAGAACCUCGUGGAUGCUGCUGUUGCUGCUGGGACAGUCGAGUGUCUUCUUUGGUCGACUUUGCCGAGCUCUAAGCAGAUAUCUGGCGGCAGAUUUGUGAAUAUGAUACUGCGCUCGCACAUGAAAUACGAUCCAGCGACGGAUACUAUCAAAUUCGAGCAGCCUAUCGUCAAGGCUGAUACGCAGCUAGCUAUGCUCUUUGUGGAGAAGGACCUUUCGGGCAUUGCCGUGGCUGUAUUUGACCAGUGGGAGUCCAAGAAAGACCAGCUUAUCCACAAAUACUUGUAUUGCAGCAACGCCAGGAUUUCUCCAAACGAUAUCGUGGCCUGCGUGCAAAGGAUCAGCGGUAAGGAUACAACUUACAGGAGGCUCGAGUCGACAGGUUGGAAGGACAGAGAUGUCAUGUUCCAGCUGUACAACGAGCUUGGCAUGUACUCCGGCAAGAGGAUCCCUGACGAGAAUGUUCUAGCUCUUGGGAUUGACUUACACGGAGUUGAAGACUUCGUACGCAGCCGGCUACUCCCUCACCUCGGGCUGGCCGCUAUAGAGGAUUGA